AAAGCACGCAAGCAUCCCACGACCCUCUGCUACGCCCAGCGAUCCUCGAAUACGACCUAUACACCCCGCCCCCGCCUCUCUUGAGUUUUUAAACAAAUACCAGCGCCGCCGCGCGCCUGCCGCCCAUUUCCGCCCGUAAUGUCGACCUACAACGGACGUCGCGCACCUAACGUGUCGCAAUACAUCGCCAACCUGAACACGGUGCCUUCUGCCGCCGACCUGGCCGCCCAGCAGGAACUCGGUAUCUUCGAUGAUGACCUGGCCAUGUUCACCAGCACUCAAUUCUUCGACUUCGAUGGAGACAUGCCCGCUUUCAAUGACAUGCCUCAGCAGCAGCAGUCCCCCGCCAACCUGCAGCCCGACAUGCACAAGCCCCUCGACUUUGGAAACACCAACAACUUCCAAUUCCCCGACUUCAACUUCCAGCAGCAGUCGCGUCCCCGCACCCUGCCGCCCUCUCCGCCAAACGGCCUUGCCAUCGCUCCUUCGCCCUCUACCCGUCUGGACUUUUCUGCUCAGCAUGCUCCCCACAUGGUCCAACCCCAGGCUGCUUUCUCUCACGCAUCUCCCCAAGUAGGCGAGAAGCGCAAGUCGACUGUUGCCGCCAUGUCGUCGCCCGACGAUCUCGAGGACGAGUCCCGUAUGGCCGCCGAGGAGGACAAGCGUCGCCGCAACACUGCUGCUAGUGCCCGUUUCCGUGUCAAGAAGAAGCAACGUGAGCAGGCUCUCGAGAAGACCGCCAAGGACAUGUCCGACAAGGUCCAGCUUCUCGAGGCUCGUGUCAACCAACUCGAGAUGGAAAACAAGUGGCUCAAGGGCCUUAUUACCGAGAAGAAUCUCAAGGGUCCCAACGCCAAGUCAGAAACCACAGAAAUCAAGGCCCCCGAGACAAUAAUCGACUCGUCCAAGAAGGGUGUUGGCACCGAGCAAGGGGCGGACCAGGCUGUCGAGGCUUGA